UCCCAACGACCAUCGGACGUGCCGUAAAUCCGAGUUUUUAUUUACCCGAUUCUUCUCGUCCCGGGAACCUUAUAAAUUGUAUCGGUGCGUGGCUUUUGAUUUUUCUUGGUCUGUUCGAUUUCUGUAAACCCUAGCUAAUAGCCUUUUCCUCUCUAGUUAACAUUGUCUCUCCGAUCAGGUCUUUCGUCGAUCACAGGGAGAUUUAUUAGAGAGUGGGGAAAAAAAAAGGAGAUAUUAAGGUAUGGAUGACAGUUGUGCCGUGUGUGCGGAGACCUUGGAGUGGGUGGCCUAUGGGGCCUGCGGGCAUCGGGAUGUAUGCUCGACCUGCGUGGCUCGCCUCCGUUUUAUCUGCGACGACCGCCGCUGCUGUAUUUGUAAGACCGAAUCCUCCGUCGUAUUCAUCACCAAGGCUUUAGGUGAUUAUACUAGGAUGAUAAAUGACUUUUCAGUAUUGCCAUUUGAAGUAAGGGAGGGACAAGUGGGAUCCUACUGGUACCAUGAAGAUACACAAGCAUUUUUUGAUGAUGUGGACCACUAUAAGAUGAUCAAGGCAAUGUGCCGAUUGUCAUGUAGUGAGUGUGACAAGAUGGACGAUCAACCAAAUGAUGUUUCAAAGCGUAGGGGGAGGUUUAAGAACAUUGAGCAGUUGAAGGGUCAUCUAUUUCAUCGGCACAAGUUGGUGAUGUGUGGUCUGUGUUUGGAAGGACGGAAGGUAUUUAUUUGUGAACAAAAGCUGUAUUCUAGAUCACAAUUGAAUCAACAUAUAAGCACAGGCGAUUCUGAUGUCGAUGGUAGUGAGAGUGAACGAGGUGGCUUCACUGGACAUCCUAUGUGUGAAUUCUGUAGAACUCCAUUUUACGGGGAUAAUGAGUUGUAUAUGCAUAUGUCUACAGAGCACUAUACAUGUCAUAUAUGUCAGAGGCAGCAUCCGGGACAGUACGAGUACUACAAGAAUUAUGAUGACCUCGAGAUGCACUUCCGCAGAGAGCAUUUUAUUUGUGAAGAUGAGGCCUGUCUUGCCAAGAAGUUUAUUGUCUUCCCAACCGAAGCAGAAAUUAAGAGGCAUAAUGCAAUUGAACAUGGAGGUCGCAUGUCUCGUUCUAAGCGUAAUGCUGUUCUCCAGAUACCAACUAGCUUUCGGUACCGUCAAAGUAUUGAACAAGACCGUCGUCGGGGAGGAGGUCGGUCGUUUCACCGCGAUCCAUCUGACAAUCAAGUUUCCAUGGCCAUACAAGCUAGUUUAGAGACGGCUAACCCAGAUGGCACAGCCCGUGACCCUGUGUCAUCAUUUGGUGCACAGUCAGUCCAUGAUAACAGAGAUGUGUCUAUUGUUGAUCCUAUCGUGCAGCCUUUUGAAUCAUUGACCACAACAGAUUCUGAACAACCUUCAAGAUAUCGUCAAGCCUUGGGGCAAAGCUCUAGGGGUGUACCUUUGGGAGAAUCUUUAUUUCCUCCCUUGGCGGUAGGUAACAGCAGCAGCAAUCAUGAAAAAUCCAAACAGGAUUCUGAACGUUUGCCUGUUAAUACAAUGGCGGCAAACCUCCGCCGACAAAACAAUCGGAAAGCUACUGUUCUCUAUUCAAGUCAGGCAUUGCCUGAAGUAAGCCGUUGGCCUGGACUACAAUCGAGUAGUUCAACACAACAUAGACCUACAGCCAAUAUUAGACCUGCCACAUCUCAAAGUUCUUCUAGUGGACCUGCACUUGCUAGUUAUGCAGGUUCUGUUCUGCCUCAGGCUCAAUCUCAAGUUCGACCCACAAUGAUUCAUGGACUUCCAUCAUCUAAUUCUUCAUUUAAGUUGGGCAAUACUGGAAAGAUCAGCCACUCUGCAUCGGCCCCUAAUCUUUCAGAUAAUGAACCAUUGUUACCAUUUGUUUCUGAUUUUCCUCCAGUUUCAGCAACGCAGAUACACAAGAUGCCCCCAGUUAGUCAGGCUUUGCCGAAGGUGGAAGAUGUUCAUACAGCUAACAAAUCUUUGGUUGAAAAGAUACGUGCUGCUCUUGAAUAUGAUGAAGAUAAGUACACUGCAUUCAAGGAAAUAUCUGGACGGUAUCGUCAGGGUACGGUGGACACUGGAAGAUAUCUCAAUUAUGUGCAGCAGCAUAGUUUGUCACAUCUUGUUAUUGAGUUGGCCAUGCUUUGUCCAGAUGUUCAGAAGCGGAAAGAGCUGGUUGAUGCCUACAAUGCCAGUUUGCAAAGCAAUGGUCUGCAAGCAAAUGGGAGGGGCCAAAGCAGUGGUACCCAGCUGGACGACAGUAGUAACUCUAAGAAAGGCAAGGGGAAGAACUUAGACGCUGACAUCAGUAAUUCCAAGGAUGCAUUAGCAGAUAGCAUUAUAAGUACUGCCCGGAAACUGCAGUUGGGUAACAAGUCUAUCGAAGAAGAGGUGGAGGUACUAUCAAAAGAUGGUUACCGUACCACCAAAGGCAAAUCAAAAGUGAUGGUUGAUGGGCACCAGUUAGAGCAUGGUUCAGCUAAUAGGGGCCAAAAUGAUUCAACAUUUGUUGGUGGUGGAUCAAAUAAAAAUGUGAGUGGUGGGGGUAAGCCACAAAAGAAAACCUCAAAGUUCCACAGAAUGAGGCUAGGUGAUGGUUCUGUGGCUGCAGCUUUAGAUCUCAAAAAUUCUAACCCUGAUCCAGAUCCUGAUUCCAAUGGCGGUGAAAACCCUAUUGGGAUGCCUGCUCGAGGUGUUUGGCAGAAGAAGGGCGGAGGUCAGAAGCUCUUCUCUAGCUGAUGUGUAGAACUUUACUAGAAUGUUUUGAGUUUUGGCAGGUAUCAUGAAUGCAUAGCAAAGUUUUGGCGGAAUGGCGGAAGUCAUGAGCUCCUCUCUAGGUGAUGACGUGUAGAACUUUGCUGGAUUGUCGUGUUUUGGUGAGAUUUCAUGGUUGAGUGGCUAUGGAUGAGAAAUUUUCCCCUUGUUGCUGUAGUUAUUACUCUGCAAAUCAUAUACCGGCGUAGACUCUUGGUUUUUAUCAUUUAAGGUGGGAGUUGUAUGAAAGCUGCAAACUUCAGAUGGGGCGAAUGGAGCAUGUUCAUCCCUUUUUAGUUUCUUUAUUUGGGAGGCAGGUGUUCAUAAAAUACUGCGUUAUCAAGUAUAUAACAAAUUAAAAUGUUUUUGAUUUGAUAAUUAUGCUUCUGUAGCGUGUUUCCUGGUUGUUUUCUAUCUUGUUAUUUAUGUAUUCUCAAACUAAAUUGAACUCGAUAAUCUUGUUGCCAAUUUGGAAUUGGCACUUUGGGAGGAUGGCCUACUAGGGUUCUUGGGAGGCCAAGACUAUUGUUUUCUCUCUUGAUAACUUGAAGGCUCAUUGAGUGUCCUUUGUCCC